AUGUUCCAUCUCAAUCUCAAGGCGCUCGGCCUUCUGAGCUUCUCGGUCAUCGCUGGCGCAAGCAACUGUUACCCGCCUCUCUACAACUACCAGUCCGGGCACAUUCCAAGCCCGGACUCCAACUUGAAAGUGUGCGAUGUCCUGGACCACUACAGUCCACACCUGUCGUGCUGCCCGCAGGAUGCCACUUGUCUAGACAACGGCCUCUGCCUCAUGCCCUCCAACAACUCUCUGGCAACCCUUGAGUACGGCGGAUGCACCUAUCUCAAUGGACGCGGAUCUGCCUGCCCUGGAGCUGAUUAUUGUGCAAACAGGCUUUAUCCGGAAGGAUCCUAUGCAAAGGGCCCCUGGAACGUCAUUCCCUGCUCGAAUGGGAAGUACUGCUGUUCCUUCAACGAGGUCUCCAACGAUUGCUGCGCGGACGAGGCCGAGACUUUCGAGGUCAGCUGGGGCCCCAUUCCCGACCACAGCACCACCGUCUACUCAUACGUCACGCGGACAACGACUGUGUCAGCGACUGCGGACUGCUCUACUGCCCCCACUACGCCUGUCGAAUCCGUGUCCACUCCUACGGCAGCGGUGAAGUUUGCUGCGUAA